GAAGGAAUAACCAUUUAAAAGUUUAAGAGAAAACUAAUCAUAUUAUUUUACCAUCAAUUGUUCCAGUUAUCAUAACCUUAUAAACAUACACAAUGUCUGACCCAAGUUCUAUUAAUGGUGGUACUGCCGUUGCCAUGGUAGGAAAAGAUUGUAUAGCUAUUGCAUGUGAUUUGCGGUUAGGAAACCAAUCAUUAGGUUUAUCUAACAACUUUGAAAAAAUCUUUCAAUAUGGUGAUAAAACAUUCAUGGGAUUGACUGGUUUAGCAUCAGAUGUUCUAACCUUACUGGAAGUUUUCAGAUUUAAAAAUAAUUUAUAUAAACUUCGUGAAGAAAGAGAAAUAGAACCACAAACAUUGGCUAAUUUGGUCAGUUCCACAUUGUAUGAAAAGAGAUUUGGUCCAUAUUUCAUUGGUCCUAUUGUUGCGGGGUUAGAUUCAAAGACAAACAAGCCAUUUAUUUGUGGAUUUGAUUUGAUUGGUUGUAUUGAUUUUGCUAAGGACUUUAUAGUUAGUGGUACUGCUACCGAUCAAUUAUAUGGUAUGUGUGAAUCAUUAUAUGAACCAAACUUGGAACCAGAAGAUUUAUUUGAAACUAUAAGUCAAGCCCUUUUAAAUGCGGUUGAUAGAGAUGCAUUAUCUGGUUGGGGUGCAGUUGUCUAUGUUGUUACCAAGGAUAAGGUGGUUAAGAGGGUUUUGAGAACACGUCAAGAUUAG